AUGCUACUUGCCAAGUUAAAUGAUGACAAAGAUGCCUUCUAUGUGGCUGACCUGGGUGACGUCCUGAAGAAGCACCUCCGUUGGUUGCGCGUUUUACCCCGUAUCACACCGUUCUAUGCAGUGAAGUGCAAUGACAGCAGGGCUGUCGUCACGACACUGGCGUCUCUGGGAGCCGGAUUCGACUGUGCGAGCAAGACCGAGAUCCAGAUCGUGCAGUCUGUGGGUGUGGAGCCGAGCAGGAUCAUCUACGCCAACCCCUGCAAGCAGGUCUCUCAGAUCAAAUACGCCUCUGCUCAUGGAGUGCAGAUGAUGACAUUUGACAGUGAAGUGGAGCUCAUGAAGGUGGCACGAAGCCAUGAGAAUGCCAAACUGGUUCUCCGUAUCGCCACCGACGACUCCAAGGCGGUGUGCAGGUUAAGUGUGAAGUUUGGCGCCACGUUAAAGAGCAGUCGGCUGUUGCUGGAGAGGGCGAAGGAGCUCGGGCUGGACGUGAUUGGAGUCAGUUUCCAUGUGGGCAGCGGUUGCACUGAUCCUGAGACAUACAGCCAGGCGGUCUCAGAUGCGCGCUAUGUUUUUGACAUGGGGGCGGAACUGGGAUAUGACAUGACCCUGCUUGAUAUUGGAGGAGGCUUUCCAGGCUCCGAUGACACCAAACUGAAAUUCGAAGAGAUCGCUGCUGUGAUUAACCCUGCACUGGAUAAAUAUUUCCCUGUUGACUGCGGCGUGAGGAUCAUUGCUGAACCUGGCCGCUAUUAUGUAGCGUCUGCGUACACGCUGGCUGUCAACAUCAUUGCCAAAAAGGUCAUCAUGAAGGAGCAAUCAGCCUCAGACGAAGAAGAGGAUGGGGCCAAUGACCGAACCCUGAUGUACUACGUGAACGAUGGGGUUUAUGGUUCCUUCAACUGCAUUCUGUAUGACCAUGCGCAUGUCUUGCCAACUCUGCACAAGAAACCCAAGCCUGAUGAGCGCAUGUACCCAUGCAGCAUUUGGGGCCCGACCUGUGAUGGGCUGGACCGCAUUGUGGAGCAGUGCAGCCUGCCUGACAUGCAGGUGGGUGACUGGCUGCUGUUUGAGAACAUGGGUGCCUACACUGUAGCCGCAUCUUCCACCUUCAAUGGCUUCCAGAAACCCGAUAUUCAUUACAUCAUGUCCCGCACAGCCUGGCAACGUAUGCAGCAGAUCCAUGCUCAGGGGGUUCCGCUUGCUGCUGAGGAGCAGUGCGCUGGAAGCGUGCCAUCCCACUGCGGACGCGAGAGCACAUUGGAUGUGCCAGCCAAGCCGUGCCCUACUCAAGUGCUGUGA